ACAAGUCCAAUUUACAGACAGUGGGACUUUUAAACUAAAACUUCACAUCCAGCAGACGGUGACUUCUGAUCAAAUGCGGUACAGCUUUAAGCCGGAUGACUGUAUGGUCAUCACCAUUCCUCUGGGCAGCAUCAGGAAUGCGAGAGACGGGCAGCUGAUGCCCGAGACGUUCACUUGCGUCUUCAAAGAUGCAUACAAGGUGUUUCUCAAAGGACGGCCGAAGGAACUCGGGGCGGCACAAAUCAGCAUUGGAAUAUUUGUGAUUUGUGUCGGCACUCUCAUAGCUCUUGAAUACGGUCUGUCUCAUUUGAUGUACACGUUACCCAGCGCCCUAUUUAUUGCAAGUGGCAUUCUAACAUUCGCAGCUGGAAGUUCUCCAUUUAUGCCUGUGGUAAAGCUGUCCUUCAUAUUCAACAUUAUCAGCCUUUUCUGGGCCAUUGCUGCUCUAGUUAUCUGCACGUUCAUGAAUGUUGGUGCCUCGCACCAAAACCUGUCAGACAGCAAGAAUCCCAUGUUCGUUGGAUUGAAAGUAUUGGUCUGUAUAUUGUGUGGUUUUGAGUUGAUCCUCGCACUUGUCCUGAUCUUCUGGGAAAGUAAAGCCGUUUGCAGACCUCACUUCAAUACUCUGCCCUUGAUCACUAUUAAGCAAGAUGUUUGAUUGGACGGAUUGGUUGGUGAGGUCGCUACAUCUUGUGAAGAUACAAUAAAUGACCCAAUCACAGUUGCAGGACAUUGCAUUUCACUUCUAUUAUGUUUCUAUUAUUGUUUGAUUUAUUCUGUUUUUGUCCUGUUGCUCAACUGGUAGAGCAUUGCGCUUGCAAUGCCAAAGUCAUGGGUUCAAUUCCCAUGAAUGCAUGUAUUAUAAAAUCUAUAAAUGCGCUGUAAGUUGCUGGAAGAUGCAUAAAUGUAAAUGAUAUCCAUUAUAAGCUUGAUUCGUUCUGUAGUAUGUGCUCACAUUAAAAUACUACCAUUGUAUCUUUUAUCAUAUGUCUGUUUUCUGUUGUGUUGCUUUUGAAAUAAUCAAGUUGCAAUUUUUGAAUAUAAUUCAAAUAAAUAUACAUCUAAGAAAAAUGAUGAAUUAUUUUUAACCCUUUAAGCAUGCAUCGGCCAGCCGGCAGAAAAAACGAAAUGGUCAAAUUAUUAUCAACCACAGUCUUGACCAACACACAAUAGGUGUCGUUUGAAAGAUUAGAAGCUCUUCUUUACAAGUCAUGUGGGCAUUAUGACCAAAACUGAACAAGUGCUUUGAUAUUUGCAGACAAAUCAGAAGUGUUUCGUUUUGAUAAUUAACAUUACAUAUUAUUGCAAUCAAU